AUGGCCGCAAGGCGAAAGACGAAACAUACUGGAGAGAAACCUUUUACUUGCUGUGUUUGUAAGAAGAGUUUCUCCACAAAACCUCAAAUGACCACACACAUGAGAACACACACUGGAGAGAAACCUUUUACUUGCUCUGUUUGUAAGAAGAGUUUCUCCACAAAACCUCAAAUGACCACACACAUGAGAACACACACUGGAGAGAAACCUUUUACUUGCUCUGUUUGUAAGAAGAGUUUUUCCAGAAAGCUUGACAUGACCAGACACAUGAGAACACACACUGGAGAGAAACCUUUUGCUUGCUCAGCUUGUGCUAAAAGAUUCAACACUAAGAAGGAAAUUAUAUUGCACAUGAGAACACACACAGGUGAGAAACUUUUUACUUGCUCUGUUUGUAAGAAGAGUUUCUCCAGCAAGCAAAGCAUGACCACACACAUGAGAACACACACUGGAGAGAAACCUUUUACUUGCUCUGUUUGUAAGAAGAGUUUCUCCACGAAACCACACAUGACUACACACAUGAGAACACACACUGGAGAGAAACCUUUUACUUGCUCUGUUUGUAAGAAGAGUUUCUCCACAAAGCCGCACAUGACCACACACAUGAGAACACACACUGGAGAGAAACCUUUUGCUUGCUCAGCUUGUACUAAAAGAUUCAACACAAAGAAGGGAAUUAUAUUACACAUGAGAAAACACACAGGUGAGAAACCUUUUACUUGCUCUGUUUGUAAGAAGAGUUUCUCCAGCAAGCAUCACAUGGCCACACACAUGAGAACACACACUGGAGAGAAACCGUUUAGUUGCACUGUGUGUGAUAAGAUGUUCAGGUUUAAGUAUCAGGUCAGUAGACACAAGUGUGUAACAGUCAUGGAAGCUGCAGGGAUGUAAAAACACUUAAACAGUGAUUGUGCUAAAUGCAGUUUAAAA